AUGUCUGCGAUGGUAUCUCGCUCUGCAAGCGAGUCGAGCUUCAUCUUUGUCGACGACCCCUCGAUCGAGGACCAGACCGACAACGAGAUGAACGCCGACGAUCUGUCGUCGCUCGACUCGCUGAGCGCCUUCCUGCCGACGCUGCAUGCACCCCACGCGUUCCAAUGGGACGAUACGCACCUGCGCCAGGUCGACCAAGCUCGUCACCAGCGACAGCAUGGACGACUCUGCAUCGACGAGCUCUUGUUGGACUUGGAACUAGACGGCAAGUCGAUCUCGUCAUGCUCGCUCGCGAGUGGUCGCUCAACUCGUCCCGGGUGACCAUACCUCGUCGAGUAACCCAUAGCUACACUGUUCCGUACAUGAACUGACCCUCUGGCUGGCUCUGAUCUCUACCAGGUACUGACCUCUACCCGCCGACCUCGAUCUCGGAGCUCCACUCGUUGCUGUGUGCCGUGCUCGACGCGCCCGACGGCGACCUGAUCCGCACCCACUCGGUCAUUUACUACAUCCUGCUCGCCGUGUGCGACGGAACAGAGUCGACAGUGCCCCAUCAAUUCGCAUAUGCCUCCGAGUUUCUCCUCCCAUCGGGAACCAUUAAAACCGUUCAGGGGGUUUUCGCCCUCGACACUGGGUCGUGGCAAAGAGCGAUCGCUGCUCUGAGCGACCCACAUGUCGUUCCUGACUGGAUCUCGGAAACUUUGGCCGUGCUGUCGACUUGUCCGCCCAUCGAACAAAGAGCCAGCUAUGUGCUGAGCUUCUGGCGACUCAAAGGGAUCACGCUGUCCGACCCGAACGACCUCGCCCUUAUCCUCGACGCUCUGUGCGAUGCGACUCGGAAGAGGGGCGUUGUGGAAGCCUGGGCCUUGCAACGACAGUGGAUCGAUGAGACACACAGGGACGAGCUGGCAAAUCGCGUCUUAUCCCAGUGCUUUGGUGACAACUCGCUCGGCAAGCCCGUCGCGCACCACGUCCGGGCACUGCUUGCCCAACCUUUCACCUCGCACGAGGAUGCGCUCGUUGAUGCGUUCUGUCGCUCACCACCUUCCGACAAUAUCGCCAAGACGCUCGCCGUCGACUGGCGACUGAGCAAGCUGAUUGCCGAAUCAAGACCCCUCGAUGCCUUGCGGUUCUGGUCCACCGUCAAAGCCACAGUCCCAGCUUCCGAAGAUCGCCUCCGACUGCUCAAAGCCGCGCAGGCCACCCUGACCGAGGUGCAGCAGAACACGCUCGCUCUCGAAGAGGACGUUGACAUCAUUCCUGCCUCCAAUUCGAUCUCGACCUCCAAAUCAGCCCUCGAAGCCACUAGCAAGACGACCAGCAACCUCACGCAGCCGGCGUGGCAGCCCGUCCCUGCCCCGACAUCGGCACCGUUGCCUCGCUCGCUCUUGUCCAUUCCGUCCAAAGUCGCAUCGUCGUCCCGCCCCACCAAUGCAAAAGCACCGUCCGCCAGCGAUUUGCCCUUAUCGGCCUCGCCCUUUUUACGGCGCGAGAAACCGCUCGUCUCGAGUGUCGAUGCUUCCUCGCUCGGCGGAGUGCAAAAGAGCAUGCUGCUGGCUCUGCGGGAAGGGGAGUCCUCGGGCCAUUUUCCCGCGCCCGACUCCCCGGGACCUACUGCGGAUCUAAUUCGGCGAGCAUCUGGGCCACUUCCAUCGACGGCGAACCUGUUUGGCAUGAGUCCGAUGCGCGAAAGCUCGGUCGCGACGACGAGUCUGUUCGGAGGUUCGCCCGCACGAAAACCCACGCUUGGAGGCUUUGGCAGCGUUCGACAACCCGGGGCGUCGAGUCACUACGGCAAAGCCCGCGAGGCAUCGCCUUCUCUCUUUGGUGGACCCCGAGCAGAAAUCACAAGAAUGUCGGAUGCAGGCGAUGAUGAUUUGACGAUGUUGUCGCCGCCUCAAGCGGAAGCCAGCGAGGCUGACGAAGAAGAGGAGGCCGCUGGCAGCUCUCGCGCGGGUCGAUCGAAGUCCGCCUCGACUUCGAAGUCGGCGCCCACCUUUACUGCAAAACGACGCAAUGUGUCGAAUGGUACCGCCGCAGGAGCCGGGGAAAAACGACGAGCCGUCAGCACGGAGGCUGAGGACCGACCGAGCUCGAGCAUCAAGGUCUCGAGCAACAAGCCCCCUGCUGCUCCUUCGUCGAGCACUCGACAGAAACCGCCAGGUGCAUUUCCCAGUGGGUUUGAGAGUGAAUCGCACGAUGAGGAUGAUGAUGUCGACGAUGCGCCACAGCAGGGAGCUACCAAAACGCGAAGAUCUGCGGCUUCGACGACGACGACGACGACGACGACGACAAAGAAAUCGGUGGCCAAGCGUUCGAGUGCGAGAGCCUCUUCGGCUGCUGCGCCGGGAUCCCCUUCGACGCCGAAAGCCAAGAAGGGGUCGUCGUUCAAAGUCGAAACACCUUCUGUGGCUGCUCAGGAAACGCCGAGGGUGACGACGGUGAGGCGGAGUACGAGAUUGCAGACGCCAGCCAGGGACGAGGCGUCCACGAGCGUGCCGACUUCGGCUCCGCGAUCGACGAGGAAGGGUGGUGCCGGGGGUGCGACGAAGGUUAAAGGACGGAGGUAGAUUGCAAGAUCCGAUGGCGCACAAGGUGCGGCCCGGGGAAGCUUUUUGAUUGCUACCCAGACUUUGUGUGUCCGAUGCAAUCCACCUUGACCAAGUAAAAUUAUUCGAACCGUCACAGAACCUAAAUCGUGGGGAUCAUCCCACCAUCCGCCUUCUCACUUGUUGUGCCCUCCAUUUUCUUCCAUCCAUAGCGACUUGCAACCCAUGACUUGACCAAAUCCAACAACGAUGACGGCGACGGCGACGAUGACGACAUUGACGACGACGACCACGAGAACGAUGUCGAUGACGUUGAUGACGACAACGACAAGGAUGUUGUUCUAAGUAAGAAGGAUCAAGGAUCGUCGUGUUGCUGA